CGCUGGCGUAAAUUUGAAUCGACCGCUCAAUCUCAUAUUAGAAAUCAAAAAGAUAACUUUUUUAGAAAAAAAAAUAAUUUAAAAAAGAAAUCAGAUGGAUCCAGAUGCAGUGGCGAAGGCGUUUGUCGAGCACUACUACGCGACGUUCGAUUCGAACCGGCCCGGUCUAGCCAACCUCUACCAGGAUGGUUCAAUGUUGACCUUCGAAGGUCAAAAGAUCCAAGGCGCUCAGAGCAUCGUCGCUAAGCUCACCAGCCUUCCUUUCCAGCAGUGUCAGCACAACAUCACCACCGUCGAUUGCCAGCCCUCCGGUGCCGGUGGUAUGCUUGUUUUCGUCAGUGGUACCCUCCAGCUCUCCGGCGAACAGCAUGCUCUCAAGUUCAGCCAGAUGUUUCAUCUGAUGCCGACACAGCAGGGAAGCUUCUAUGUGUUGAAUGACAUAUUCAGGUUGAACUAUGCGUGAAGACGUGGUCGGGACUGCAACUGAGGGGGUGGGAAUAUAAUGUCAAA